GGCGGCCUGUUUUUCGCCCCGGAGCUCCCCGGGCGAUCGUGAAGGCUGUUCCAGUCUUCAGAGCUCGGAACUUGAGGCGAUGGGGCUUCCUGAGGAGCGGGGUCGAAGCGGCAAUGGGUGUGGGGGCCGGGAGGAGGCUGGAGCGCGGAGCCGGGCGCGGAGCUGGUCGCCGCCGCCCGAACUCAGCCGUUCCGCGCAUGUUUCCUCACUGCAGCGCUACCGCGAGCUGCACCGACGCUCGGUGGAGGAGCCGCGAGAGUUUUGGGGAGACAUUGCCAAAGAAUUUUAUUGGAAGACCCCAUGUCCUGGCCCAUUUCUCAAGUACAACUUUGAUGUGACUAAAGGGAAAAUAUUCAUUGAGUGGAUGAAAGGAGCAACUACCAACAUCUGCUACAACGUACUGGAUCGAAUUGUUCAUGAGAAAAAACUUGGCGAUAAAAUUGCUUUCUACUGGGAGGGCAAUGAGCCAGAGGAGACCACCCAGAUCACAUACCAGGAACUUCUGGUCCAAGUGUGUCAGUUCAGCAAUGUUCUCAGAAAACAAGGCAUUCGGAAGGGCGACCGAGUUGCCAUCUACAUGCCCAUGAUACCGAAGCUUGUGGUAGCAAUGCUGGCAUGUGCUCGUCUUGGGGCUCUGCACUCCAUUGUGUUUGCAGGCUUCUCUGCAGAGUCUCUAUGUGAACGGAUCCUGGAUUCCAGUUGCAGCCUUCUCGUCACUGCAGAUGCCUUCUACAGGGGGGAAAAGCUUGUGAACCUGAAGGAACUGGCUGAUGAGGCCCUGGAGAAGUGUCGGGAGAAGGGUUUCCCAGUGAGAUGCUGCAUUGUGGUCAAGCACCUGAGGAGGUCAGAGUUGGGCACAGGUGACUCUUCCAGCCAGUCCCCUCCGGUUAAGAGGUCAUGUCCAGAUGUGCAGAUCUCUUGGAAUGAGGGGAUUGACUUGUGGUGGCAUGAACUCAUACACGAGGCAGGGGAUGAGUGUGAACCUGAGUGGUGUGAUGCUGAGGACCCGCUCUUCAUCCUGUACACCAGUGGCUCCACGGGCAAACCUAAGGGUGUGGUACACACAGUUGGAGGCUACAUGCUCUAUGUGGCCACAACCUUCAAGUACGUGUUUGACUUCCAUGCAGAGGACGUGUUCUGGUGCACAGCAGACAUUGGCUGGAUCACUGGCCAUUCCUAUGUCACCUAUGGACCAAUGGCCAACGGUGCCACCAGUGUUUUGUUUGAGGGGAUCCCCACAUACCCGGAUGUGAGCCGCAUGUGGAGUAUUGUGGACAAGUACAAGGUGACCAAGUUCUACACAGCACCUACAGCUAUUCGCCUGCUUAUGAAGUUUGGAGAUAAACCUGUCACCAAGCAUAGCCGGGCAUCCUUACAGGUGUUAGGCACAGUAGGUGAGCCCAUCAACCCCGAGGCCUGGCUAUGGUACUACCAGGUUGUAGGUGCCCAACGCUGCCCCAUUGUGGACACCUUCUGGCAGACAGAGACGGGUGGCCAUAUGUUGACCCCCCUCCCCGGUGCAACACCUAUGAAGCCUGGUUCUGCUACCUUCCCAUUCUUUGGUGUAGCUCCUGCAAUCCUGAAUGAGUCUGGGGAAGAGUUGGAAGGUGAAGCUGAAGGCUAUCUGGUGUUCAAGCAGCCCUGGCCAGGGAUCAUGCGCACAAUCUAUGGGAAUCAUGAACGCUUUGAGACCACCUACUUUAAGAAGUUCCCUGGGUACUAUGUGACAGGAGAUGGUUGCCGACGGGACCAGGAUGGCUAUUACUGGAUCACUGGCAGGAUUGAUGACAUGCUGAAUGUAUCUGGACACCUGCUGAGCACGGCAGAGGUGGAGUCAGCACUUGUGGAACAUCAGGCUAUCGCAGAGGCAGCUGUGGUCAGCCACCCUCAUCCUGUGAAGGGCGAAUGCCUCUACUGCUUUGUCACCCUGUGCGAUGGCUAUACCUUCAGCCCAACUCUCAUGGAGGAGCUCAAGAAGCAGAUUAGAGAAAAGAUUGGCCCCAUUGCCACACCGGAUUACAUCCAGAAUGCACCUGGCUUGCCUAAAACCCGCUCAGGGAAAAUCAUGAGACGGGUGCUUCGGAAGAUUGCUCAGAAUGACCAUGACCUGGGGGACACAUCUACUGUGGCUGACCCAUCUGUCAUCAACCAGCUUUUCAGCCACCGCUGCCCGACCAUCCAGUGAACAAGAUUGCCUUUUACCCAGGACCCCCCCCUGCUUGGCUUUCCAAAGUCUUGUCUACCCUCCCUGCCCCCAUUCAGGAGUACCGAGGGCUAGCACUGACCCACACUGAGAACCAGCUUUAGCCCUGGGUGGAGGCAACUUCCUGUGAUUGCCAGGCAGAUGGGACAGGACCCAGGUCAGCCUCAGGCUACAGUGCUUGCAAAGAGCCCUUGGAACCCAGAUAGGGACCUGAAGGUCAUGUCCCCAACCCAAGUUGAGUGUUCAGAGGGCACAUUAAGGCCUAAAGUGAAGAAGCAGGGAGGCAGCUCUAAUCCUGUCAACUCAGGAAGCACCAGUACUAAUCUUGGGCAUGCACUUGCCCGCAGAAACACCUGUUUAUGAGUCCUGGAACAGUUAUUAUUUUUUAAAACACUUCUUCUGCUCUGGGUCUUUUGUGCCAGAUGGCAGUGGCCUGCCCAUUUACUACUGGGGCUAUGCAGGCAGGCUCAGUUUCCAGAUGGUUUUCAGAUCAUUUGCUUCUUUGCAGGAGUAAAUGUGUUUUGAUCCUAGGGCCAGAAGAACUUGUCCUCUGUUCCCACCCUCAUCUGAACACAGUUGUGCCUAUGACAGACACUUUCAGAUGAAACUCUUUUCUUGCCCUGGUUCUGCUCAAGCCCCGUGGUUGUUGAAAUAAAGUCUGUGACCUCAAGAAGGUGGUGACUUGUUUUCUUA